CUCUCACAGACAUGCCUUUUUCUGCUUAAACUCUAGUUAUUUCUAAAAAAAAUAAAUAAAUAAUAAAAAAAGAGUUAAGAACUUUAGCAAGAAGCAAGAGAAAUGGCAGAUAAGUGGGAUGGAGAUACAAUGCCUGUGGAGCAUGCAAUACAAAGAGAGCUUGCAUAUAGGAGGAAAUUAGCAUUACAGUUAAAACCAGAUGAUGACUUCCUGAAAGAUCUUUUUCCUUUGCAGGUGCAAUCUUCAACUUCCAGUCCCAUUUCAGAGCCCCCAAGUUCAAGUGAUAUUUCAUCAGAAUCAAAGAGAAAAGAACCCCCUAAUACUACUAUCCUUCAAACUCUGCCAAUAGUUAAAAACCAAGAAUCUUUUCAUGGAAAUCCCAUGCCUGAAAGGACUCCAAAUGAUCAUAGACUACAUUGCGGGCUCUGCAAUGUGGUGUGCUCAAGUGGCUUCAAUCUUGAGCAGCACGUCAAUGGCCAGAAGAACCGGGCUAAACUGCAAGAAUUGCGUGAGCAUCCAAGUUCAAGUACUAUUUUAUCAGGAACAAAGAGAAAAGAGCCUGAUAGUAUCUCUCAAACUCUGCCCCUAAUUCCGAUACCUUUUCAUGGGAAUCCCGGGGUUGAAGGUACUUCAGCAGAUCAUAGACUACAUUGCAAGCUCUGCAAUGUGGUGUGCUCAAGUGGCUUCAAUCAUGUGCAGCACGUGAAUGGCCAGAAGCACCGGGCUAAACUGCAAGAAUUGCGUGAGCAUCCAAGUUCAAGUACUAUUUUAUCAGGAACAAAGAGAAAAGAACCUGGUAGUAUCUCUCAAACUCUGCCCCUAAUUCCGAUACCCUUUCAUGGGAAUCCCGGGGUUGAAGGUACUUCAGCAGAUCAUAGAUUACAUUGCGAGCUCUGCAAUGUGAUGUGCUCAAGUGGCUUCAAUUUUGAGCAGCACAUGAAUGGCCAGAAGCACCAGGCUAAACUGCAAGAAUUGGCUAACGGGCGACGACGGUGGUGGUGUGAGGUUUGCAAGAUUCCAUGCAUGAAUGAGGAUUUGCUGAAGAUGCACUUGGAAGGAAGGAAGCACAAGGCUAGGCUUCUAGAAUUGAACUUGAGUGCGGCAAAGGGCGGGGCAGAGCUUGUACUGCAAAUUUUGUCGCAUUUGGUGCAUUGAUGAGCUCUCUUUCAAGCAGCAUCUUGAAGGGAAAAAACACAAACUUCUGCUUUAUGAGAACUUUCCCAAAGAAAAAGAGGCUGCCAUGGCAAAACACUUGGCCUGGGAGUACCAGAGUGAUAGGUGAUAUCUUGAAAAGUACUCAAAAAGACAACUAAAAAGUUUGUUUAGUGCAUAAUUCUAAAGUUGUUGGUGAAUUUUUUUCCUCUCUCAUAGACAUAGAGAAUUUGA